AUGCAAAUCCACUCGCUGGUGAAGGCAGCCAAUAUCCUCUAUCAACAUCGUGAUACUCGAAGCAAGAGAUUUCUUACUGACGUGUUUCAUGCUCGGGAGCGACCGGAAGGAAUGGUGGACAUACUAUCACGGGAAAAUGGCUGGGCGAGCGACAUCAAUCUCAUAAGAAGUGUAUACUCAAAUUUCCUGUCCACGGACAAGGAAGAAAAAGAUGCGCACGAGGAUUAUGGCAUGGCCCGCCAGGCGCGGCUUGAUCUAGAUGGAUUCUGUGAACUAGGCCACAAUGUCUGGCUGCUGAAACUCGUCACGAAGCUGUACCAGAAUGCUCAAGCACACACUGGACAAUAUGCCCUCCUCAGCUUGCACACUCGGACACCGGUGACUGCCGUCACGCAUGAAACGGCCAACAACUCUUCCACUUCUACAGUCGUGACGAACAGGGGUAGUCCAGGUGGAAUCAUACCCACUCGAGGACAAGUAAUGGCCACCCGAGCUCCCGUUGGUACAGAUCAAAUCAAGCUAGCCAGCUGGAGCGGAAACGAAGGAUUUGCAUACUGGUUCUCCAGACCCGUAACAUACGACACCGAGAAACCGCUGAUCAUCAAUGGUGGUGGUCGGGAAGCUGCGGCACCCAGUUACGAGUUACACAUGGAUAACGACUCCAAAACGCACACUCUCGUUGGGAACACUCUUCGCGAGUUCUUGCAUCUGUGUUCGAAGCGGUGGGCGAGCGGAAAAGUUGGCCUAGAGCAUCGAGUUUGCCAACGGGGCCGAGCCCUUCCACAGGGGUGCGAUCAAGUCCGGGAAGCGCCCGUCAUCGAAGUUUUCGCUGAUCAAGGCUGUAUCGAUUCGCGGUCAAUGGAAGUGAAAAGUAGUGCCCCACGUAGUCCGACUCCGAGUCGGACCACUGGCGCCGACUUAACUUCGACAAAGAGCCCUCACGUGAUCGAGCGCCCUCCGUGGGUGGUGGACACUCAUAUGACCUACUAUGAGCGUGUCACCCACCCCCCGUUCUUCCUCGCAACCUGCCUGGAGGACUGA